AUGGACUCGAAACAGCUCAAGCGAGAGGAGAAGGCGAUCUCCAAGGAGGCCAAGGCUGAUGACCGACAGCUGAAAUCGGCGCAGAAGUAUUGGAACAAGGACAAGAAGAAAGAGACCAAGCUUCUGAAGCAGCAGUCGAAAGCUGAAGACGAGCAUAGGAAAGCGAUUCAGAAGGAGCACAAAUUGCAGGCCAAGCUCGAGAAGGCUCAAGCCAAACACAACGAGUCGGUGCGAACGCUCGAGGAGAAAAAGAUGAAGAUCGAAUCCGCCAAGAAGGCCAUUCAGGAGCACAAGAGUAGGUUACAGGAUAAGGAACAGAAACUUGCUCAGGCUCAGCACAAGAAGGCCGUGGGCGAGAACGAGCGUCACAGGCACAAGGAGGCGCUCCUUUCUCAAAGCGUAUCCAACACCACCAAUACCCCCAACACCGCUUCUAAUAUCGCCCAUAACAUCUCCCAGCCCGACCACCAGGCUCCAGCCGUCGGCGCUCACUAA